GUGCAUGUGUAGAAAUCACUCACUGAGUCUCAGACACACUGAAGAUACCUGGAUAUCACACACACUCUCUCUUUAUAAAUCACUCUACACAUAUUCUCCUCUCUCUAUCUAUUACUCCAGGCAGAGACUAAUCAAGAAGUUUUGGGAGAGUCUAUUAAAGCACCGGACAGCGCGCGCGAAAAUAACGGGCUCGGUCUCAUUUCAUCCAGAACUCUUCAAACUUCAGAAAGAAUAAACGGAUCUGAACCUGAACAUGCUUCGCUGGAAAGUCGAUCAGGUGGCGGUGCUGCUGUUGUUGGCGGCUGGGGUCGGCUUCGCUCAGGUGCUGGACCGAACACUCAUCCUGACCAACGAGAGGAGCUCCAUCGAGAGGACAUACGAGCUGACAAAAUACCUGGACCACCAGCUGAAGGAGAUCAGAGACACUUACCUGUCCUAUCUUGGGCCUCCGUUCAGCGAUCCCGGCUUCUCUCCUCCACGACCCAACAGCUCGUCUCUGUCCGUGCCCAGCGCAGCGACGCGGGUGGAUCUGUGGCGAGGGCUGGAGAACGGCGCCCGUCUGGCGCAGAACCAGCGGGCGUAUAGCGUGCUCCUGUGUGCUGUUAGGGAGCUUGCGCGCUCCACCCUGUGUCCGUAUCUCCAGAGCUCGCUCAUGCACUUCUGCUCCGGCCUCAGCGGGCUCCUCGGCUCCAUAUCCGGUCUGAUGAACGCCCUGGGCUACCCCAGCCUCCCGCCCUCCACGCCCGCUCAAGGAUACGCCCCACUUCUCUCCUCACAGUUUCAGAACAGCCCUGCUCCUCUGAGGAGUCAUGAGCCUCAGGCCGCGAGAGAGGGAACGACUCGGGCGGAUCUGAAGAGAGGAAGGAGAGGACGGAGAAAAGAAGGAGUGAGCUGGGCUGCCCGAGAGGAGAGAGAGAAAGAGGAAGGAAUGGAGAGAUGGGGGAAACGGAGAAGACUGUUGAGCGUGGAUGAAGAGCAGAUCCUAAAACUCAACGCGAACUACACAUUGGUAAAGCAGCCUGUGCUCUUUUCAGCGACGUCUCUUCAGCACCGUCGAGCGGCUCGGUCCACUCACGCCGGACUCGCUCCGCUCUCGCUGCUUUAUCAGUACGGCGGGUCGACCGCGGAGGUCCACACUUUGCUGGCUGCCCCUGUGUUGGCAUCUCGUCCCGCGUCGAAUGACUUCUCGCGGAAAGUGGAGGGAUUCUGGGUACUGAGAGAGCUGCAGAGCUGGCUGUGGAGAUCCGCCAAAGACUUCACCAGACUGAAGAAACGACUUCAGCGCGCUUGAGACACAACAACGACUUUGCUUCAUAACCUAGCGAGCUGCCUUCUAAUAAAAUUUCACAAAACAUAAAAAAAAUGCGAUGUACAGAGGUGGCCAAAAUUAUUAGAACACUAGUAUUUUUUUAGAAGCUAAAAAAUCUUGAAUUAUGAAAAUUAAUGGCAAAAUGAAGGUUUGGAUAGAAUAGAUGUAACCAGCUGUGAGGUCAUCGGGAUCCAGACCUUUAAUAUUCAAAACUAUAAUCAGAGGUUCUCUGAGUGAUUAAUUAGCACUUUAAAACUACUUUUAUGAGUAUCUGCAUGUAUAAAUAAAUUUAGACGGUUUGCAUAGCUAGUUCAGAAUCCAUGAUGGACAGCAAUUUUCGUGAAUGCAGCUUGAGAGAGAACUUUAAGUGAGGGUGUGAACAGAGCUGCAUUGUUGCCAGAUCCAGUUUUUAUAAGUGCCAUUAGACUCGUUUUUUCCAUUAAUUGUGAUGUCAUAGGAUGUAAAAAAAAUGGGAGGUUGAAAGUUAGAGAUAUCCUUAUCUUCAGCUUAUUUUGGUUUAUGCUAUUUUUGGUUUUGGGCUUGUGUUUGUUUGCUACUGUAGUAAUACCUGGCAACACUGCAUCGCCAGCACUGACAGUAAUGAUAAUAAUAACAUAAAAAGGCUCAUAGAGGUCAUGGCCACCUUAUUGCUGACUGGAUACAACAUUCGAUAAGACAAAUGACAAAUGACAAUGAUCGUUAUCAUCUGUCAUAAACAGUAACAACACUUUCAUAUAUUAACACUAGCACAGAGAUCUGUGUAACAAGUAGGUUACAGAAUGAAAUGUGGCAAAUAUGCAAAUGUAGGUCAUGAAGAAAGCCAGGCUACAUCAAUCCUUUCACAAAGUCAUGCUAAAACAUUCAUAAGAGCACGAGACAAAGUUCUUAUCAGAUAGCAAUGCUUACUAAUGAAAAUUAUUACUGUAAUAAAUUACUGUUGCAUGAACGGCAAAACAAAUAAUAAAAUGAUCCACUCCUAACUUAUAGUAAAGUAUGAAAAUAGUCUUUAAAGUUGUCCAAAUGAAGUUCUUAGACAUGUGUAUUAUUAAUAAAAAAUUUAGUUUGAUAUAUUUAUGGUAGAAAACUUACUAAAUAUCUUCAUGGAACAUGAUCUUUACUGAAUAUCCUAAUGAUUUUUGGCAUAGAGGUAAAAUUAAUAAUUUUGACCCAUGCAAUGUAUUGUUGGCUAUUGCUUCAAAUAUAUACUUGUGCUACUUAUGACAGUUUUUGUGCUCUAGGGUCACACAUGCAGUGUAUAAAAAGAGUUGUGUUUAUUAUAUCUAGCACAGCUCACACAUAAGUCACUUUCAAACCCUUCAGUUCUCUGUUGGACCGGUUGCUAAUGUGCGUGACUGAGCUGAACCUGUUGUGAAAUCUGCGUGGGGAGACCAGCUCGCUAGGUUUGGGCACAGACUGAUUCACGCUCGGUGGAUGGAGAUCUGAGGAUCUCAGACGGUCACGCUUUGCACUAAAUCACCAAACAGAAGAGAGCCACCAGCACGUCACGGACAAAGGGAAGAGAGCGCUCUUUGAGAGAGCCAGACGUGAUUCAGCAGAAGGAAAGUGAAUCACGCUCGGCGUCAUGCGGCAAUGAAAGGGUCAACGGGCAAAAGUGGAGGAAAUGUGGCAUAAUCAAAGAAACAAUGGAGAGUUUUCUGCUGCCUCACUGACACUGACUCGUCUUUUUCCAGACACACAAACACACUCCUACACAUUUGGAAACACAUGCACAAAUCUGAUGUUCAGAUGGUGUGUGUGUGCGGACAGAAAAGCAAACACAUGAAAGAUUAUUAUACAAAAACUUGCUAAUAUUUUUUAGGCAUACUAUGUUUUCUGGAAAAAUGUACAAUGGUAAUAUUAUGUUGUUGUUUUUUUAUAGAAAGUAUGUGUGUGAGUAUGUGAAUAAGGUCAUAAUUUAAUACCAUGGUAUAAUUCAAAGUACUUUUGCAUUGCUAUGUUUUUAAGCAUUGAACAAUGGUAAUACUUUUUUUUUUGUUAUUUUAUAAAAUGUAAAAUAGUAACACUGUGGUAUUUUUCUAGAAACAUCGGGUAUUAUGUAAAUACCAUGGUAAGUGAAUAUGGUAAAAAUGGUAUAUAUCAAGAUACGAUAUAAAAGGGUCGUGUUUUGGGUACGGUAUCAUGGUAAUAGUAGUAAAGUAGUUUAGGAUUACAUGCAAAUACCAUAGUAUGUGAAAAUAGUAGCCAUUCAGUCCCACAUUCCCAUGCUUGUACAUGAAAGCAAAGCGUUCUUGAAGAUUUAUUGGGGUGUUACGUAAAUACCACAGUAUGUAAUAAUAUACCAAGGUAUUUAUUUGAAACCCCAGUGUACCUCCGAGAAUCUGUGAUACAAAAAAGGUACAAUAAUACAAUGUUUUUUGGAAAUGUACCAUGGUAUAUAUAUAUAUAUAUAUAUCAUAGUUCUGCACAGAUGACCGUGAGUUAUAAUGCAGAUGAGAGGGUGUUUAAAUAGAAGUGUUUACAAUCUGUACACUGAUUUCUGUUUGUGUGUAUAUGUCUGUUAUAUUUAUUUAAUACUAUUUAUUUCUCUUGGGUA